AUGGCUAAUCCGCCCCCGGUUCGACCAUGGUUCCGCUUAACCUCAAUCCGCCCCGCACCAGCACCAGCACCCGCACCCGCACCCGUUCCUGCACCUGCACCCGCACCCGAGCCGCGCCCUAUCAUGUCUCUACCUGCGUUUAGAACUGCUUCAGCACCAUCAUCGCCUCAUAAUCAACCUCAGCCUGAAGAAAAGAAACCAGAACAAACACCUUCAUCCCCACCUCAUAGAAUACUAGCUCCUAACUCUUAUUCUUCAUCUUCUCCUAUUCAUAAGCCAACACAAUAUUCAAGUAGCUCUUCUUCGCCAGAAAAAACUACUAACACUUCUCGUGUCCCGAUUCCCACUCAAUCUCCCAAAACUAUCAAACAAAACGUCCUCACCCCAACACAUUCACCAAAGGCUGAAUCCAUUGCUUCACCACCCUCUCCUCUGACACUCCCACCUUCUCAGUUCAAAUCUCAAGACGAACGCUCUAAGAUACCAAUGGAGGCCGAGCCAAAAGCGGUGCUAGUUCAGAAGUCGCACAAUGGCAACAACGAAUUGCAUAGGGAGACUCAUAAUAAUCAUAGCAACUCUUCUCAGUAUGGAAACAAACACAGUGGCAAUGGUGAGUUUCAUAGGGAGAACCAAAAUCAUCACAAUUCUUCUCAUCAUGGAAACAAACAUGUUAGUGUCAAAGAAAGAGAAACAAAGGAGAGAAAAUUUUCAGAUUCUGAAGACUCUGGCAUGAGAGUGAUAACAAUUGCAGGUGAAAACCGAGGAGCUUAUAUGGAACUUGUUCAAUCCCAAAAGAAACACGAACCGAAUUAUCUUCACAAGAAGGGAAACUUGAAACCAAACACUAUCAAAGUUGAUGGUAGUGAAUCAGAGAGUUCAAGUGUUGAGGAAGGAAAAAUAAACAAGAACGAUAAGAAUCAAAAAGGGAGAACAAAAUCUUCAUUUCCAAUGGCUGCAUACAUGAACAGCAAUGUGCAGUGUGUUAAUAACUCUCUUCUGUUUCAUGCUUCUUGUUCCCACCAUGAUCCAGGUGUGCGUGUAUCUCUUACAAAGAAGCCAUUUGGUGAAGGUUACCAUGUGAAGGAACAUGUUGAUGGUCGAAAUUAUUGA